AUGGCACCCCCGAACCGGACCGGCACCGCCCGGCCCCGCCGCCUCCUGCAGCGGCACCCGCGGGACACGCCCUGGGGACACCGAGCUGACCCCGUCCCCUCGUGUCCCCAGGCCGAGGCGUGGCUGGAGGAGGAGUCCCGCCGCCGGGGCUGGGCCCGAGCCGCGGCCCCGGGGGCUGCCCGGGCACGGGAGGGGCUCGUGGGGGUCCUGAGCGAGGGCUCGGCCGCCGUCAUGGUGGAGGUGGGCUGCGAGACGGAUUUCGUGGCGCGGACCCCCGACUUCCAGCAGCUGGUGGAGAUGGCGGCCAGGGGGGUCCUGGGGCACUGCCAGGGGGUCUCGGGCACCAAGCACCUGCUGCGGGAGGAUGAACUCGCCCAGGUGCGCGCAGGGGACGGGGGGGACCUGCUGAGCGACCACCUGGCACUGGCCAUGGGCCGUCUGGGCGAGCGGCUGGCGCUGCGCCGGGCCGGGUGGCUCCGUGCCCCCGGUGGCUUCGUGGCCACCUACGCUCACGGCUGGGUGCCCCCCGGGCCCGCCGUGGCCAUGGGCACCUACGGGGCGCUGGUGGCGUGCGGGGGGCCGGGCGGGGAGCCCCCCUCGGCCGAGCUGCGGGAGUUGGGGCGCAGGGUGGCGCAGCACGUGGUGGGCAUGGCCCCCACCGCCCUGGGCACCCCCGAGGAUGAGUUGGGGGGCGACUCAGAGCCGCGGUUGUUGGCACAGGGCACCCUCCUGGAGCCCGGGGUGCCCCUGGGGCGGUACCUGCGGGAGCACGGUGGGCUGCAGGUGUGGGACUUCCUGCGCUUCCAGUGUGGGGAGCAGCCCCCCCAGGACAGCCCCCCAGCCUGAUUUUGGGGGUUCACCCCCUUCCCUGUGUGCCCCAUGCCAGCUGGGCAGUGCCAGCCGCCCCACAGGUCUGAAUAAAGGUGCAGAGGAACCUGC